AUGUCAGAAACUUUUGGCAGGCCACAAAAUGAUCACAAGGGAACUGUAACUGAAGUUCUGCGCCAUCCCAGGCAGGCGGCCAGUGAGGAGUCGAGAAAAAAAUCGUUCGCAGGGAAUUACAAGGGUUUCGUCGCAGGCGUCUUCUCAGGCAUAGCAAAACUCUCCGUCGGCCACCCUUUCGAUACAGUCAAGGUUCGCUUGCAGACUUCGCAGAAAUCUCAAUUCCGAGGGCCGCUGGACUGUCUGUUGCAGACGCUGAGAAAAGAAGGGAUAGCGGGGAUCUACAAGGGCGCAACUCCACCGCUGCUAGGAUGGAUGGCCAUGGACUCUGUCAUGUUGGGGAGCUUGACAGUUUACCGGAGGUUGUUGCAUGAAAACAUAUUUGCCAACCCGGCUUUCCGGCGAGGGAAAAGCGCCGCAGAGCUUUCGAAGGAGAAAUUACCGGCUUUUGGGCAUGGAAUCGCAGGCACCAUGGCUGGGGCUACCGUUUCUUUUAUUGCUGCGCCCGUUGAGCAUGUCAAGGCUCGACUACAGAUUCAGUACGCUGCGAAGAAGAAGGACAGGCUGUACAGCGGUCCUAUAGACUGCACGCGAAAGAUUCUUCGUUCCCAUGGCAUUGCUGGGUUAUAUCACGGUCUGUUCUCAACACUAGUAUUCCGUUCAUUCUUCUUCUUCUGGUGGGGCAGCUACGACAUGUUGACGACUUGGUUCAAGAACAACACUUCUCUUUCCACUCCCGCAAUCAACUUCUGGGCAGGCGGCUUGUCGGCACAGGUCUUCUGGCUGACAUCCUACCCUUCGGACGUGGUCAAGCAACGCAUCAUGACUGAUCCAUUGGGAGGUUCUCUCAACGACGGCACUCCUCGCUUUAGACACUGGAAGGAUGCUGCCAUUGCUGUGUAUAGAGAGUCUGGAUGGAAAGGGUACUGGAGGGGCUUCGUGCCCUGCUUUCUCAGAGCGUUCCCUGCGAAUGCCAUGGCGUUGGUGGCCUUCGAAGGUGUAAUGAGGGCACUGCCUGAUUAA